GUUAAAGAGGCUUACCUCCACUUUUUCUUCUUUUUUUUUUUUUGCCAAAUGAGCUAUGAGAAUCAGAAGACAAGAGAACGACAUCGUUUGCUCGCAGUUUACACUACUUUUUUUAACAUUUUUCCCUUCGUGUUAGGGCCUAUUAGCGUCAUUCUCAUUUCACUGGCUCUCUUUCUCGGCAAUGGCGGCUGCAUUGCUAGCACCGGAGCAGAAGAAGCUCCCUCGGCCCGGCCGGGGCGGGUUCCAAGCCCACGGACUAACGGAAGAGGAGGCUCGGGUUCGAGCUAUCGCCGAAAUUGUGAACUCCAUGGUGGAGCUCUCACGGAAGAACCAAACAGUGGAUCUAAACGCGCUCAAAUCCUCCGCCUGUCGCAAGUACGGCCUCGCACGCGCUCCGAAGCUGGUGGAGAUGAUUGCGGCGCUUCCCGAAUCAGACCGAGAGUCUCUUCUCCCAAAGCUUCGUGCAAAGCCGGUUAGAACUGCCUCCGGGAUCGCCGUUGUUGCCGUCAUGUCAAAGCCUCACCGAUGCCCGCACAUCGCAACAACGGGAAAUAUAUGCGUCUACUGUCCCGGUGGACCAGACUCGGAUUUUGAGUACAGCACGCAGUCUUAUACCGGAUAUGAGCCAACUAGUAUGCGAGCUAUCCGAGCCAGGUAUAAUCCAUAUGUCCAAGCUAGAAGCAGAAUAGAUCAGCUGAAAAGAUUGGGUCACAGUGUGGAUAAGGUUGAGUUCAUCUUGAUGGGUGGUACUUUCAUGUCAUUGCCAGCAGAUUACAGAGACUAUUUUAUAAGGAAUCUCCAUGAUGCGUUAUCAGGACACACUUCUGCCAAUGUUGAAGAGGCGGUUGCCUACUCUGAACAUGGUGCAACAAAAUGCAUUGGCAUGACAAUUGAAACGAGGCCAGAUUAUUGCCUUGGACCACAUCUGCGCCAAAUGCUUUCUUAUGGUUGUACACGAUUGGAGAUUGGAGUUCAAAGCACAUAUGAGGAUGUAGCUCGUGACACUAAUAGAGGACACACAGUAGCUGCUGUAGCAGAUUGUUUUUGCUUGGCAAAGGAUGCUGGAUUCAAGGUUGUUGCUCAUAUGAUGCCUGAUCUUCCUAAUGUUGGUGUUGAGAGGGACUUGGAAAGUUUUAGGGAGUUCUUCGAGAGCCCAUUAUUUCGAGCUGAUGGGCUCAAAAUUUAUCCCACACUUGUAAUUCGUGGAACUGGGCUCUAUGAGCUUUGGAAAACUGGCAGGUAUAGGAAUUAUCCACCAGAGCAGCUUGUGGACAUUGUGGCAAGAAUUCUAGCCAUGGUACCUCCUUGGACACGUGUUUACAGAGUCCAGCGGGAUAUUCCCAUGCCUCUGGUUACUUCAGGGGUUGAGAAAGGAAAUCUCAGGGAGCUAGCUUUAGCUCGAAUGGAUGACUUGGGCUUGAAGUGCCGUGAUGUUCGAACACGUGAAGCUGGAAUUCAGGACAUUCACCACAAAAUCAAGCCAGAAGAAGUUGAACUUGUUCGCCGUGAUUAUACUGCAAAUGAAGGUUGGGAGACAUUUCUGUCAUACGAAGAUACACGUCAGGAUAUUCUUGUUGGAUUGUUGCGGUUGCGUAAAUGUGGCCAGAAUGUUACUUGCCCAGAACUCAUGGGGAAAUGUUCGAUUGUCCGUGAACUCCAUGUAUAUGGAACUGCUGUUCCAGUUCAUGGUCGAGAUGCUGACAAACUGCAACAUCAGGGUUAUGGUACCCUUCUCAUGGAAGAAGCAGAGCAUAUUGCUCGAAGACAGCAUAGAUCAACCAAAAUAGCUGUUAUUUCAGGUGUAGGAACCCGUCAUUACUAUAGGAAAUUAGGUUAUGAGCUUGAGGGACCUUACAUGGUGAAAUAUCUUGUUUGACAAGACCAUGGCAAUAUUCUACAAUUUUGUUCUCUUCUUUUCUUUUCUUUUCUUUUUUUUUUUAACAUCUCUCUUGUAAUUCAUUUGAGUGAAUGAAGCUAGCGUAUUAGA